ACUAGACUACCGUGCCUCCUUGUUUAUACAUAUAUCUGUUACCUUUACAUAAAUUGCAGUAUCGUUUAAUUGUCUCCUUAUGUCUUUGAAUUUGUUCAGCUAUUUUGCAAUGUCAGAAUGUAACAAAUAUAUUACGAUCUUGUAUAUAAUUUAUUACACCAAAAAUAUCAUCUCAUUUCAGGCGAUUCGACUCUUCGGUUUAGCAUUGGUCGCGGGUUGGAUCACCUACAGUCAUGCCUUUGUUGAGCCCAUUCCGAUGCCUGAAAAUUUGGUGGAAUGCUAUGAGUUUCGCACCCACAACAUCAGUAUAACUGAGAUUCCCUCUCAAGACAUAAACAUGUUUUGUAUUACCCAGUUCCUCUACUCCACAACCGACCUUCGUCCGCAACGUCCAAUUGCAAACGAAACGAUCCUGUAUGCUCAGGAACUUUUCAGACGGCUUGUUAACAAGCACGAACAUCACAGGCGAACCAAGAGGCAGUUCAAUCCUAUGGUGAGGCGUGAGAUUCGUACCCUCAGUCGUGACGAAUGGAAUACAUUUACGGCAAGACUGAAUGAGUUAAAACAGAGACCAGUUGGUGAUAUCUACGGAUAUGACGCUUUAGCAGAUAUCCAUAGACUUGUGGAAAACUCUGCACACAACGGACCGAAUUUCUUAGGCUGGCACAGAAUUUAUCUGGCACUGCUUGAGAUUGCCUUAGGUGUCCCGGUACCGUACUGGGAUAGCUCUUUGGACUACUAUAUGGAUCAGCCCACCGAUUCCAUCGUCUGGACUGCUGAGUUUUUCGGGAACGGUUUCGGUGCAGUGGAAGAAGGUCCGUUCCAGUGGAUGACACCAGAAGGUGUACCAUUGGUUCGAAACAUAGGCAACGACGGAACUUUAAUAAAUAGCGAUGUUAUCGCGGCGGUGCUGUCACGUAGGUUCCAUCGUCAGAUCGUAGAACCUAGCCAGAACCCACGAUUUAGUUUAGAAGUCCACCAUAAUGGCCCUCAUGUAUGGAUGGACGGACAAAUGUCCGCCCCUGCCACUGCAGCUCAAGAUCCUGUAUUCUUUAUGCAUCACGCGUUCAUCGAUUAUAUCUGGAGCCUGUUUAGGUCGCUGCAGAGAGCAAAUGGCAUUAACCCGGAGGAAGAUUACCCACGGACCAGGGUGAGAAUGCACCAGCCAUGGGAUAGAAUGAUACCGUUCGGUUUACGAAACUUUCAUGGCUAUAGUAACUUCUUUGAGUCGUUAAACGUGUAUGAUCCAUCUCCUCGCUGUCCUGAUUGUGGCGGCAAUCCAUAUCUGGAGUGUGGGGGAGAUCGCUGUCGAUCUAGGGUUGCACUGUCUCCAUCCAGACCAUCUGAGUUUGGAUUCGUUGGGGGAGUUCCAAGCAGCUUUGGAGGUCAGGCAAGGUCACAAGCUACACUACAACGCACGGGGGCGCUUCCCAUUGGCAGGCGAUUCCAGGCAUUCUUUAGGGAUCCAAGAGUAAGAGGUGAUACGAUGCCGAACGCACCAUCGAAUAGAAUAAGAAGAAGUGUGUCAGACAACAAAGAAAAUGUGACGAAGGAUAACAAAGAUAGCGCUCAAAUUAGCAAACCAUAUCAAAAUACCUUUGUAUUAAAUGGUGUAAGCAAUGUUGAUCUCUGGGUCUUUAUACCAGUACGUAUCAUCUUUGAAAGACCUCCUGAGAUCCAAUUCGAAUCCUACCUCAUUCAGAAUGGAACACUCGUUAAAAGUUCUGACAUGUUUUCUCCAGCUGAAUUCAAAGGCCUUAAAGUUGAAAUAAAGAGGAAAAUGCCAGCGACCUACAAGAAAUGCCAUGUAUCCGGUUCCGGUGCGUCCAAAGUUUACGUCCAGACUGACGGUAUUGACUAUUCCGGCAGAUACAAGGAUUAUGCUGUAGUGGAUGAGAGAUUGCCUUUCUCUUCCUCUAUGACGUAUAUUGGAGCCAAAAAUCCAACUGAAGGGGCUUCUCAGUUCUACAUGACCGCGUACGACUCGUGUGGACGUGUUUGUAGACCCCAGUGUCUCAUUAACGGAAUCUACCGACCAUGCUCGGGAGCUUUCCGCAUUUCUACAUCAUUACCAAAAAUGUAUGGAAUUACAUAUGAAGAUGCCGUUAAAGGAAUAUGGAAGAAGGGACAGGGAUUGCUUUCCGAAGCAAAUGCGUCAGAGAUUCCAGUUACAUUCCUUUGUGAAAUACAGAGUACAUGGCCUUGGUCUCCGUAGGUACUGCAAUUUCAUCUCAACCGAAUACCUCUUUUUUUACAAUAUUCUCUUUCGAUAUUUUCUUCUCAUAAAUGUUGUCAGAAAUAAUUCUAUGUCCAAUUCGUAUGCAGCUUUUUCGAAGUUUAUAUAACACUUUAUGUGAUGGAACCAAAUUAAAGUAAUUGUCAGAUGAA